UAUUGGUUAUAAUAUACAGAACACAUUGUUACUUUUGUUGCAAUUGCCACGUCCUAAACCUUCAGUUUUCAUUUUUUUCCAUACUCCGAGUCAACUGAGAAGCGUCGGAGCAGGACAAUAAUCUACUUAGUCUUCUUAUCGUUGACAUCAAAUUGAGCUUCACCACUUCCUGAAAGUAAAGGUGGGGGGUGUUUGUGGUAAACAUUAGCGAAACAUGGAGGGUCUGAAAUGCAUUAUGCACACAGAGAAUAGACAUAAGGUCGCCGUCCUUGUAGCCAGGCUCGUGGAACCUGACUCUACCUCAGCCCCCCCUACCCCCUCCAUGCACCGUCGUCACAGGUAGCUAGGCUUUCAUCACAGCGGCUUCAGUUACCUCCGGCAUAGAAGCCGCCUGAUCAGGCUAAGUUGAGCAUAAAGUUCUCCCGGACCUCUCGACCAGACUUUCCAGAGGCCUCUGAAGAUGGAGCCAGAGUCAGACAGCAUCAUCCAGCACAUGCUCCCCUUCCAGGCUGCAGCCGGUCAGUUCGGUCCAGAGGUCCGAGAGCUGGGCCUGCACUUGUGGAGGGUGGAGAAGAUGAAGGCGGUGCCCUUGCUCCCCUCGGAGGUGGGAGCGUUUUAUAACGGCGACUCCUACCUGGUGCUGGAGAACCGUGGUGAGCAGGGAGCCGACCUUCACAUGUGGAUAGGUGAGAAGUCAUCCCGUGAUGAGCAGGUGGCAUGCGCCAUGCUGGCCACCCAGCUGGACAACUUCCUGGGUGGAGACCCAAUCCAGCACAGGCAUGUCCAAGGCUACGAGUCCCCCGAGUUUAUGCAGCUCUUCCCCAGAGGCGUCAGCUACAAGGAUGGAGGUGUAGAAUCAGGCUUCAGGAGGUCUCAGGGCUCGGGGACGGUGCAACGCUUGUACCAGAUUAAAGGGAAACGCAACAUCCGUGCCAAGGAGGUGGAGCUGUCCUGGGAGAGCUUCAACAAGGGAGACUGCUUCAUCUUGGACCUUGGGAAGGUGAUUGUGUCCUGGACUGGAUCCCAGGCCAAUGUCUUUGAGAAGCAGAAAGUACGGGAGAUCGCCUCGCUGAUUCGUGACACGGACAGACUUGGCAAAGCUCGCAUUGUGGACACAUGUGAAGGGGAGGAGCCUGAAGAAAUGCUGGAGGUCCUGGGACAGAAGCCUGAGCUGGCUGAAAGCUCUCCGGAGGAGGACAGCAGAGCCGACAUAUCCAACGCCGCCUCACUCUACAAGGUGUCUGACGCGACUGGUUCCAUGUCGUUGACCAAAGUUGUGGGUAAGAGCCCGUUUGCCAAGGAGCUGCUGCUUUGUGACGACUGCUUCAUUCUGGACAACGGUGCCAAUGGAAAGAUCUUUGUGUGGAAAGGCUCGGGGGCCAAUGCUGAGGAGAAAAAAGUGGCUCUGCAGAUGGCGGACAACUUCAUCGAGCAGAUGAACUACCCCAGGAUGAAAACACAGGUGGAGAUCCUGCCUCAGGGGAAGGAGACCGUCAUGUUCAAGCAAUUUUUUAAGUGUUGGAACUAACCCUAAAUCAAACAUUUCAUUCUGGUUUUUGUACCCACAUUGACAACAUUGAUAUUGUAUUGUCAUGAACAACAUUAGUUUGUCAUACCAAUUUUAUAAAUGAAUAAAAACAUAUGAACCUGUA